UUGCGGAAAAUCUCUCGACGCGUUCGAUUUUUUUCUCUUGGUCCUUCAGAUUUUCUUCUGACUUUUCUUCUUCCUCUUCUUCUUGCGGGCCGAGCCCGUCGAGUCGGGAGGUAGGGGAAGUAGAGCUUUGGACGAUAACGAUGACGAGGGUCUGUUAAUUAUGCCCAUUCCAACCGCAGGAGCAGUUCGUCUUCUUCAUUGUCGAGGUUUUUGUUCCGACUUUUCAAAAUCGAGGUCGGGGGUUCCGUCGAGAGACUUGGUGCGGGUGAUACAUGAACCUUUGUCCCUGUCUUUGCUGCGUGUUGAGGUUUGGCACCCCUGUCCCUGGAAUCCAACGAUUCAAGAACUGACCUGAAUACCUCUUGUUCAAAUGCAUCUAGAAUCAUAGGGCUGUUAAAGUCGGGCCGAAUGUGCACAAGGUCAUUUGUCUGAGCCUCUGAGGAAGAACAGCACACGCACAAGGAGGACGAUAAGCAAUUUGUCCACAUUGUGGACUGCACAGUAGACUGCACACUCGAGACGUUGUGGCGUGGAGUUUAGUGGAAGUGGUGCCAGCAGCGGCGAAGGAGAACAUGGAGUAGACAGAAGGUAAAGGUAAUGGUUACUAUAGUUAGUGACGAGUUAGUGACGGUGAGAUUUGUCGACGAGCUGUGAAGCAAUGAUAUGACUACAGUUUACCACAAAACCUAACUGUUACGCAGUUGAGUUUCGCUUGAGUCACACGACUGUGACGGUAAGGCACGAACGGUGUACGUAUUAAGGGCCCCGGCCGUCAGCCCGGAGGCAUACGGUCGAGGUGGCCCUUGACUGCAGUACAGUAAGCUGGUUAGUGGAGGGUUACCACGUUGCCCUUAGCGAUACAGGGACUCAACCCUAGAUGCUUUACAGAAUGUUGCGGUUCUUACGACGUAAGGUGAUGAAGGCCUCUGAACCCUAGAGUAUUCAGAGGGUUCGCCUGAUUGAGGACGGUUUCAGCAAUUGCUUUGGUUUUGCUCGAAGACUCGGAAGGGUUUAGGGGAUUCAGAAUUCGGAUUUGGAUUCGUCAGCGUUGUAGCAAUGGGGAAGAAGAAAUUUAUCGACAAGAAGAAGUCUGCUACCUUCACGCUCAUCUAUCGCGAGUCCGAGGCGGAUGACACCUCCGAAGCCCCGAGCAGGAUUUUUACUCGUGUGGAUGGAGGAGACGGAUAUGUGAAGGGUUUUUCGGAUGAUGAUCCUAGGUACUUUAUGCAAUCUGAGUGUGGAGACGGACCAGGAGAUCGAGAUGCUAUUGAGGAAGGAAGCGACGGGGAGGAAUUCGAUUCGGACGGUGAAGAGGAGUCGAGAUUUGACGAUGCUGAUGAGGAAAGCGGGGAGGAGGAUGUCGCUCCAGCCCCUAAGAAACGCAGCAGUGCGCCAGCGGCUGCUAUUCGGAAAGGGCUCUCAGCGGAGAAGAGACGGGAGUUGAUCGAGAUGGGGUAUCCUGACGAUGGGUAUGACUACUUGCAGCACAUGCGCAAGAUCGGGACGUCGGGAGUCGGUUCCUUCGUUCCGGCAACGCGAGUUGAGCUCAAUUCCCUGCGUGCAGAUGUCAAGGCUUACGAUGCCACAAAAGUACAAGUGCAACCUACUGAUGAAGACAGUAAGGAUGCUGAGCGAAAAGCGAUUGAACUGGUGAGCUCAAACACCCGACCGGUGAGGAAGCCACUCCUGAAGGAAGGUGUACUUGACAAAGAUAUUAUCGCUGCCCUUGAGGACAGUGACGGAUCACAAUUUGAUUCCGCUGAUGAAUUGGAGGAUGAGUUUGUCAUACUUGCCAACGAUGGAGUCGAGGAGCGAGGCAGUACGGCAAAUGGAGCGUCUGCCAGUGGUCGUUCUUUAAAUGCAGGUCCAAAAGCGAAGCAGAGUCAUGUUGAGGAGUCUGAUGAGGAUUUUGACAGCGAUGGAGAUUACGAUGUUGACGGGGUGGAUUUUCCCCGAAAGGAGAGACAAGUACGCGUCCUGGAUGAGCAAUUCGAGACGUUGGCCCUUCGGGAGUAUGAUAUCAAUGACUUUGGCGAGCUAGAUGAGGACGAUCCAACGACAAGAGGUCGUUCUGAUAUUUCUGAGUUCAGUAGUGUCUUGUCGGAGUUCCUCACGGACAAGCAGUAUUGCAAAGAAAGAUACGAGACUCCGGCGGAGGAAAUCAAGAAAGAAGUGCUCACCAUUCCCUCCGCGGCAGAUAGAGCGAUCGGAAGUAGCUUCGAUAAGGAUGCCAAGAGUAGUAUGAUAAUACAUUCAGGAGUUGAUGAUGCUGUAAUUAGGAAAACAUUAGAGUAUAGAAGUGAUGACGAUAAAGAAGUGGUGACGGAAGAGGCAAGUGAUGAAGAGAAAGAGCAUUGGGACUGUGAAACUAUAGUGUCCACCUUAUCUAACUUGGACAAUCAUCCCGGUAAAAUUAGCGCACCCGGACCAAUGAAACAUAGGAUUAAGCUUCAGGAUUUGGAAAAGUCUGAUACGGGAAUAAUUCGUCUAGGUGGGAAGCAAAAACUUCCUCUAGAUUAUCUGCCCAAGAGAGCUCUUGCACCGGUCAAGGAGGAUGAAAAGCUCGCUGUUAGCGGGAAGUCCGAGUCGUCUUCUGAAGCUAAGAAAACACUAUCUCGCGCGGGCGAGACCCCCGAGGAGAAAAAAGCUCGAAAGGCUGCCAUAAAGGAAGAGCGCAGGCAGGCUCGAGCAGGAAAGAAGGCUUUGAAGCUGGUGUAUAGAGAGGAUGCACAUCGUGCACAACGUGGUGCUGCCGUGAUGGGACCCUCUUCAAUACACCUUCCAUAAGCAUUGUAGAACAUAUUCUAUACAAUUUAUUCAUCGACAACCCCUUUGGUAGGGGUGUCGACCCUUUCCUUCAGUGUCGCUGUAAGGGCUUCAGCUUUGGAAUUUAUGAUGUUGAAAAGCCGAUUCUGUUUUGGGUUGCAUCCAUGACGAAUAGUCAUAAUGGUUUCUUUCAAAAGCCACUAUCAGCCGAUCAAGGGAUCGAUGUCCGAAAUCUGUAGAGCCCACGAAAUCAGAGUUCGCUGAUUAAAGACCACUAUUCAAUCAGGACGUAUCGUUUGAAUUUUUUAUCUCGACAAGCCCUCGAUGACGGGCACAGUUACUCAAAUAUUUAAUGUACGACAGAGCU